UGGGGGCAGGACUCGGUCUAGAGCAUCCCCACACUCUCCUUGAUCUUUUUAAUGAGGCCCAAAACACACUAAAGGAGUUGGACUUUGCUGGCACAUCUGGUUCUGCAAAGGGCACCAAGCCCCACGGAGCUGGCCAGCCUCAGCAUUCGCCCAUGGAGGCCCUGGGUCCUGGGGAUGACCGCACCUCCCCAGCCUCGUCCACUCGCAGCUUGGAUCUGCGGCGGCUGUCUGCACGCGCCGACUCGGCCUACAGCUCCUUCUCCGCAGCCUCUGGUGGUCCCAAGCCACACACGCUGUCACCUGGGACCGGUGUCCUUGCUUACCUCGACUGGGAGAACGUGCGCGUGGUGUGGGGCGGCCUGGCCCCCGCCGCGCCCACCGCUGUCCUGCACACAUCCCUGCAGCCCCGGCCCGCAGCCGCGGUACGCAGUGGGCCGCGACCCCCAGAAGUCUGGGGGACCCCCGGGCCGCCCAACCGGCAGACCACCCCGCUGGUGUACCCGCUGACCGCGUAGGCGGAGGCUGCAGCGCGGGCCACCGAGCCACGCAGGCCACCGGCCUCACGGGCCGCCUACCGCCAGCGGCUGCAGGGAGCGCAGCGGCGAGUGCUCCGGGAGACGUCGUUCCAGCGCAAGGAGCUCCGCAUGAGCCCGCCAGCCCGCCGGCGGCCCUCCGCACCCGCACGGCCCCCGGCGGAGCACCCGCGCUCCGCAUCGCUCAGCCAACCGGGCAGGGAAGUGGAAUCGGCGCGCUCUGGGGCUUCCGCGCCACAAACUGGUGGGCGCGGAGACCUCGCCAAGCAGCAGCGGAAGUGGUGUUUCUCUGAGCCAGGGAGGCUGGAUCGCGUGGGUCGGGGCGGUGGUGGGUUGGUCGGGGAAGGCGGCGGCAAGGCCUGCUCCAGCUCCUGCCUUCCCAGGCCCCAGGAGCCUCAGGAGUCCCAGGAGCAUGGAGUACUGGCCGAGUUCGAAGGUUUGUCUGAGCCCCAGACCCUUGGCAUAGAAGACCCAAAUCCUGGGUCCUUAAAGCUCAGUGUUGCCUCCAGGUCUCGCUGUCAGAGUCGAAGCCCUUCAGGUGAAGUCUUGGCUCCCUGGGGAGGACCAGGAGAGGGCAUGCCCAUUAUCCAGGCUGUUCCCCAAGGAGCAGAAACCCCCAGACCAUUGUUUAAGACCAGACUUUGCAAAGUCCUGAAUCAGAAGGAAGCUGCAGUGGCAUGUCCUGCAGAGGGCCUCCAGAGCAGUCCUGCGCGUGUGCAGAGGGUUUCAGAGAGCUAUAUGGAGUCUGCCUGGCCCCCAUCCCUUCCUGAUAAUGAAGUUUUCCUGGAAGAAGCCCCGCUGGUCAGGAUGAGGUCACUUCCAGACUCUCAUGUGCCCCCAAGGCUCCCAACCAAUGUACAUGCCUCUGACCAGCAGUAUGGAGCUGGCUUGGGCCAACGAGCUGACCAUGCUGCAGUCCUCCAAGAGUACUCCCUCAACGAACACCCAGAGAUUGCAGGAAUAGAUGACUACUGGCAGGGGAUAGAUGGUUCUGUGGGUGUGUACAGGUCCUGCUAUAGCCCCCCAGAAACUGCAAAUGGUGACAUCCCAACCUUUGACCCCACUGGACUGCUAACUACUGACCCCCACACAGCUGCAGAGAAUGAGCCUUUCAAAUCUUUCCCAGUUGAUACCCUGGGACCUCCAGGCAAUGAUUCGCCAGAGACUCCCUCCCACAUUGCCCUAGCUUGGGGCACUGGCCAUCCUGGUUCCAGGUCAACAUGGUCCAGUCUGCGCCUUGAGGAACUGGUUCAGGAGCUGGCCAGACUGGAUCCCUCUCUGAGUGACACUAUUAACUCCUCCCCACCUGUGGGGCUUCUGCAUGGGCUGAUUCCUUUAACUGAGGUCAGGGCUGCAAUGAGGCCAGAUUGUGGGGAGAUUGGAGAGGAGGCUGCUGGUCCUUCCGAGGCAGGCUCUGGCUUUGUCCCCAGCUAUCUCUUUAGCGCCACCCAGCUCCUGCCAACCUCUCAGGAGGAGAUAAGGCCUGAAAACCUUAGUACCCACCCUGUACCUGACCAGCCAUGUGGCCAGGGUCUCCCUGAGCCAAAUAACAGCAUCCAAGUCAAGAAAGUGGAGCUAGCUCACCUCCUCCAAAAGAUGCUGCAGGUCCUUCAGGCUGAGCAGGAACAGCUGCAGGGGGCGGCCCAGGAGUGGGCCAGGCGUGGGGCUGCUCUGGAGGCUGCAGUGGGCCAGGCCUGUGCACCCCAUGAGCUAGAGCGGUUCAGCGGGUUCAUGGCUGACCUAGAGCGGGUUCUUGGCCUCCUUCUGCUGCUUGGCAGUCGCCUGGACCGCGUGCGCGGUGCCCUGGCUCGGGCUGUUGCAGACUGUGACCCUGAUGAACAGGCCUCUCUCCUGCAGCGACUGGGGCUCCUGGAGCAGCAGCAGGAAGAUGCCAAGGAGCUGAAGAGGCAUGUGGCACGGUGCAAGCGGGCCCUGCGGGAGGUGCUGGUGCAGGCCCUGUCAACUGCAGAGCUGCACGCCUACAGUGCCCUGCUGGUGGGCAAGGCCGCGGUCCUGGCCCAGCAGCGCAGCCUGGACAAGUGGGUCCGACUCCUUCAGGAUCAACUUGACACCCAGGAGGUCAGGAGCAACCUUAGCCAUCUUCCCCCACCCCACAGGCGGACCUGGCCCCCAGGAACCCGCCCUUCCGAUAAACCUCCCUCCUCCCCAGCUUCUCUCACCUAG